AUGCCUGUUUACACUGUUUCGAAUGUGCAGAAUAUCAGAGUUUGUGUGGUAAUGGUUGGUUUGCCUGCCAGGGGUAAGUCUUUCAUCUCUCAAAAAAUUGUCCGAUACUUAUCGUGGUUAUCCAUCCAAGCUAAAUGCUUCAAUGUUGGUAACUACAGGCGUCAACAUGCUGGUGCCGAGCAACCUAAUGCAGAUUUCUUUGAUUUUGGCAAUAAAGAAGCCUACAAGAUUAGGCAACAUGCUGUUACUAUGGCGGUGGAAGAUAUGAUGAGAUGGUUUAACGAAAAAGGAGGAGUAGUGGCCAUAUUGGAUGCCACAAACUCCACUUCGGAAAGAAGAGAGUGGAUUUUGAAACUAUGUAGGGAAAAUGCUAUAGAGCCCAUGUUUCUCGAAUCGUGGUGUGAUGAUCAGGAUUUGAUUCUAAGAAAUAUAUCGGAGGUGAAGACGACCUCUCCUGACUACCAGGGAAUAGAUCCAGAUGUGGCCACCAAGGAUUUCUUAGAGAGAAUAUCGAAGUACGAGUCAGUUUAUGAACCAUUAGAUGAAGAAGUGGAUAAGGAUAAAACCUUUGUUAGAUUGAUUAACGUGGCGCAACAGGUCAUAAUCAACAGAAUUGAGACGUAUCUUGAAAGUAGAAUCGUGUUCUAUGUGAUGAACUUACAUAUUAGACCAAGAUCGAUCUGGUUAUCGAGACAUGGAGAAUCGAUUUACAAUGUGGAGAAGAAAAUCGGUGGUGAUUCUCAUCUUUCACCAAGAGGUCUUCAAUAUGCAAGCAAACUACCUGAAUUAGUAAAGAGAUCCGCCGGAGAUGUCGAUUUAACAGUAUGGACAUCGACACUAGUAAGAACUGGCGAGACCGCGCAACAUUUGCCAUACAAACAACUCCAGUGGAAGGCAUUGGAUGAAUUGGACGCUGGUGUUUGUGAUGGAAUGACAUAUGAAGAAAUUGAAGAAAUAUACCCGGAAGAUUUCAAAGCGAGAGAUGACAACAAAUACGAGUACAGAUACCGUGGAGGUGAAUCUUACCGUGAUGUGGUCAUCAGAUUAGAACCUAUCAUUAUGGAACUUGAACGUCAAGAAAAUAUCUUAAUCAUAACGCAUCAAGCGGUACUGCGUUGCAUUUAUGCAUACUUUAUGAACGUCCCACAAGAAGAAUCACCUUGGAUGUCCAUUCCAUUGCAUACCCUUAUUAAACUUGAACCAAGAGCAUACGGAACAAACGUAACAAGAAUUAAAGCUAACAUCCCAGCCGUCAGUACAUACAAGGAAAAGGGUACUUCACAGGUCGGUGAAUCGGACCUUAACUCAGGAAAUUCCCGUAGUGUGUUAACAAGCGCACCAGAACUAAAUGAGCAACAAGAAUCAACAUGA